AGUUGCAGGAUGGCUGAAGAGAGGUGGGAAGGUUGGCAAGCUGCACAGCAUCACAUGUUUGGAGGUCCGUCACAAACCCCCCAUUGGUGGUAUCCCCCACCACAAGUACAACAACCCCCUCCGCAGUCUUUCAUGCCCGCUCCAAGGACAAUGCCUAAAGUACAAAAGAGUGGAAAGCCCAGAGGAAAGAUAUCGGCCUACGCCUUCUUUGUUCAAAUUUGCCGCGAAGAACACAAAAAGCAACACCCUGACGAAAACGUAAUUUUCACAGAAUUUUCAAAGAAAUGUUCAGAAAGGUGGAGGACUAUGUCUGAGAAGGAAAGGAAGCGAUUUCAUGAAUUAGCAGAUCAAGAUAAGAAAAGGUACGAAACAGAAAUGGAAGGUUACACACCAUCUGAAAAUGAAAAAGGUAGAAGAGGGAAGAAAAGAAAACAAAUCAAGGACCCAAAUGCACCAAAACGACCUUUAACAGCUUUUUUCUUAUUUAUAAAUGACGAAAGAAGCAAAGUUAAACAAGCCAACCCAGAGUAUACAGUUGGUGAAGUAUCCAAGGAAUUGGGCCGCAGAUGGGCAGCAGCAGAUCCCAGUAUAAAAGGGAAAUAUGAAGAAAUGGCAGAUAAAGAUAAAGCUCGUUAUGAAAGGGAGAUGACUGAGUACAAAAAGAAAGGUAAAUUCACAAAUCUUGCUUUAAAUCCUACCAAAAAGGAAGAAGACGAUGAAGAUGAAGAGGAUGAAGAAGAAGAAAAUGAUAGUGUUGAGUGAUAUAAUCAAAACUGAUGUGGACUUUGUGAAUUUUAACAUUUUUGUAUUUACGGGUUAUUAAAUAAAAUUUGUUCAAUGAUAUGAUUUAUAUUUGUAAUUACAAAACAUUGGUCUUUUGCCAUUUCCAAUGUUUAUUCUUGUUCAUAUGAUGCAAUUUUAAUUAUUGAUGAAAAGAGCUAAUUUUAUUAAAGCUACAAAGUACCCAGUGAUUUGAUGUUCAAUUUCAAUAUUUAAGUGAUAUUUUGAAUAUAAUACAUUUUAAGAGACUGUUGCAAUAGUCACCAAAUUUGCCUUAUUUUAAAAUACCACAAAAGCUUUCAAAAAUGUAACUGGAGCAUCUUUAAUAAGUAAUGGUACCUUAUUUUAUUUGCUUAUUUAUUUAGCAAAGGUACUCUUCAAGACUUUUAUAUAAUAUAUUUUUUGUUUUAUACUAUUAGAUACACUGUUUACUGCAGUUAAGAGUUGUAAAAUAUCAUUUGUAAAGCUUAUUAAGGAGGCCUUAAGUUGUGAAAGUUAAUAUGGUACUAUGAAGUACAUGUUGUGAUUUGAUAGAAAUUAGAUUUACAUAAGAUUUUUAUUUAGGCCAUAAUACUUAAUGUAAAUUUAUUUUUUAAUGUAAAAUCUUUUACAUUAAAAUAAAUUAUCAUUUUUUAAAGUUAGUCAAAAAGUGAAAUUCCACUAAUAUCCCUUUUUGCUACUAUUUCACUGGGUAUGUAACUUUAAAAAAUGUUCACAAUGUUUAAGGGGGAAAUUCUUUAUUUCUUGGUGGUGGUCUUGAUAAUGCAUUAUUAGUAGCCAUGAUGACUACCUCUAUCAUUUUCUAUUAAUUUGUUAUUCUACGUGAUUAUUUAAGUUUUAUUGGUGCUUCAUGGCAUUAAAUAUUUUGAAGCUGUGAACUUGUGAUUGAUUUACGAUUUAAAGAAGGCUUAAAAUUUUUAAUGCUGUUUAAAUUGUUUUAAAAAAAAUAGUUGCCUAAGUUAUGAGUCUUAAAUAGUAUUUUUCAUAAAAUCGAACGUAGUUUUACAACAAAUAUAGUGAUGAAUAUUUUAAAACUACUAUUAAUUUUUUUUAAAUCUAAAUUUUAUAACUUCAUUCAUUUUAAUAAUUGAAGGUGUUUAAUAUUAUUAAUGAAAUUCAUUAUUUCCAAUUUUUAUUUUACUAUCUUACAUUUUUUAUCAUGAAGUUAAAUACAUUAACUUUGAUAACUUUUUUCUAUCAAUCUUUAUAUUUUAACUGCAGUUGAACUUGAAUAACUUAGAUGAUGAAUUUUUUCUUUGCCUCAUCAGUAACCUAACUGAACAAUUUGAAUUUUUUUUCUGCAGAUUGUGUAUUUUCUAUUGGAUAGCUUUAAUAUUACUUAGGAACGAUGAAAUAAAGUAAAUAAAUCAUUACAGCUGUCCCCACUUGCAGUUCUUAAAAAUAAUACCAUAUUCUUUACAUUAUUUUAUAAAAUACAUUUCUUAUUUGUAUGAUUUCUGAUCUAUUUGAACAAUUUUUUUUUUCUUCUCAACAACAAUGAGGCUUAUAAAAUUUUAAUGAGACAAUAUCAAAUGAAAACAAAUCCUCUAAACAUUAAGCUUAAGAGCUGAAUAAAAAUCAUCUGAAAUAAAAAAGUGUAUAAAAAGCAGUUAGGAAUCGCUUAAGAGUUUUAGUAUUCCACCUAAAACUUUGUGUUGAAGAUCAUGAAAUAUUUUUUUAAAAAUUGCCACCAAUAAAAAAAAAAAAGCCCAAAUAAGUGGGCAGAGUUUUCCCUAUUGGUUUGAACAGAUUUAUAUUCUGCUUUUAAAAAAACUAAAUAUUUCAAUCAUAACUUAAAUUAUUGGGUGACUCAUACUUUUUAUGUUUGUAUGUGGGUCUUUCAGCAUUAAUUAUCCAAGUUCGGCUGUAUCAAAUAAACUAUUAUUUAUGCAAAUUCAUGUAUGUUUGUAUAUAUAAAUUUACUGUCCAUACUCAUGAAUAUUGCGAACCUUUUUAUAAGCUAUAUGAAUAUGUUUUAAUUAAUUUAUUUUAUUAUUGAUAAGCUUGAAGAACUGAAUUGGUUUAUAUAAAUAAUUGAAGUGAAACUAUCAAGAGGAAGUUUUAGCACUGUUUAAAAAGUGAUCUACAUAUGUCUGUAAAAAUUAAUAUAAAGGUAGCAUAAUUAUAAUUCUUACUUUGUGGUGUUUUUCCACCUGAUUGCUCUUUUUGUCAUUGUUUCUAGAAUAUCAUUUACGACUUAUUGAUUGGGCCAUAUGGUAGUAAAUGUUUAAUGACAAUAUCUGAUAAAGUUUAAAGUCUUGAGUCAAGAAUCUAUUAAUAAUGAAUUAUGAUUAAAAAACAUAGGUUAGGGUGUAUUAAGUGAUUAUCAGUGUAUGAAUUUCGCCAUUUCAGGUUUAUUUCUUACCAUUAAAAGUUGUUUAAGAAAACUGCACUUUUUCCAUUAUUUAAAAUUUAUUGUAAUAAAAAGUUGUUGAUGUUGAACCAUAUAUUUUUUUCAAUUGAUAUAUGCAAAUAUAGUGUAUUUAUGUGGUUCGUUACCUUCAAUCCUUCAUAAUUAUAGCAAAACAUAUAAUAGUACUAUCUGAAAGAAAAUUCUUUUUAGGAAAAGUAUUGACUUUAUAAACAAAAAUAAACAUCGCUGAUUUGGAACUAUAGAGAUAGUGCUUGAAUCUAGUUCUAUUUACAAAGGAUCCUUUUGUCAUUUUAUAUAAUAUCCAGGGGGUUUUAUAUCAUUAAUUUUCUUCGAUUUAAAGAGCUUUUCUAAAGGGAAAAUGGAAGUUUUUAAAUUUUAUUUAUAGAGAGAGGUUUGAAUUUGUGAGCGUUGACAGUUCAUAAAUACAUUUAUUAACCAAAUACAGCAUAUAAAGAUUUUUUUUUCUUAUACCAGAAUCACAGCUUAUUCAGCUAUACUUCCUCUAGUAGCCCAAUAUAAUUUAGUCAUUUUAUCAUAAAUUCUAUCCUUAUCUUUAAAGUUUGUUCUUAUAUCCUCAAGUGUCAAACAUGUAUAGGUGUUCUAUGCUGUUGCAAAGGGGACUGUCUGGAAAAUCUUUAAUUUAAAUUUGAUGUAAAUGCUUCCUUACAUUUAUUAAUUGAUGGGUAAAUAAUUUAUUAAUUAAUGGGAUACUUGCAUAUUUGUAAUUCACUCUCCUCACUAUCUGCAACACUAGAAACUGCCUGAUAGCCAAAUAGCCAUCUGAGAGUCCAACCAAGAGUACCACUUUUUAUGGUUUAUAUAUUUUUUUUAUAUUGUUUAUUAUCAGUUCUUCAUUUUAUUAAGUUUGGGGACGUUAGUAGAUCAGAUAUACUGAGCUGGUGCAUAGAUUUUUUUUUUAAUAUUACUUCCUUUAUUCUAGUAGGUAGUUUAAGAAUGAUUCUAUUGUAAAAAUGAUAUAAUUAUAAUAAUAAAACUUAAUUCAAAAAUACUUAGCUGAAUAUCUUGAAUUUUCAAUUCAAUGUUUGCAAUUUAACACUUUGUUUUGUAUAUUUACUGAUUCUUUGAUGUUAGUUAAAUUGUAUAUACUUUCCAGGAAAUGAGCCGUAUUAAUAACUGUUUUAUAAGUUAAAGUAUAAUUAAUCUGAAUUACAUAGAAUGAAUAGUUGCCGGGUUGUUUAAUAAACAUC